CCUCCUGAGCUGAACAGGUGUAUCGCUUUCUCGGGACAGCUGUGUCGAAUUGUUUCACAUUUAAAAAAACAAAAAACAACAACAACAACCCGUAAAUCCCAAACACAUGAACCAAUCCACCAAUGAGAUGGGUUUGCUGCUUAUGUCCGACACAACCCGCUUGAGUUAUGUAUAAGAUAAAGUGUUCAUAUCAGCCGGGGUGGAGUUGUACUGAAUUUACACCUAAUGUUAGCUUAGCUGGACGUUAGCUACGUCGCGUCAUUAAGCAACGUAUCUCAAAAUCGUAGAUUAUUUUUUUUUAGCUGCGGUUUGGUUAUGUUAUCCCUUAAUACAACGAAGGAACAAAAAAGGCUACAAAAGGAAUUAUUAGCCCUGCAAAAUGAUCCACCCCCAGGAAUGACCCUAAACGAGAAAAGUGUACAGAACACCAUCACACAGUGGAUUGUAGACAUGGAGGGAGCACCCGGCACAUUGUAUGAAGGAGAGAAAUUUCAGCUGCUUUUCAAAUUUAGUAGUCGAUAUCCCUUUGAUUCACCUCAGGUAAUGUUCACAGGAGAGAAUAUACCUGUCCACCCUCAUGUGUAUAGUAACGGUCACAUCUGUCUAUCCAUUCUAACGGAAGAUUGGUCGCCAGCCCUCUCAGUGCAAUCAGUUUGUCUUAGCAUUAUCAGCAUGUUGUCCAGCUGCAAAGAAAAGAGACGACCGCCUGAUAACUCCUUUUAUGUAAGAACGUGUAACAAAAAUCCAAAGAAGACAAAAUGGUGGUAUCAUGAUGAUACGUGCUAGUGUACAAACUUUGUAAUAAAUGUAGAAGAGAGAAGUCCUACUGACCUACGUAAAGCACUUUUUAAAUCAUUCAGUCUUUGAACUCUGACCUUUGACUGGAACAAUGGACACCAUGCGCUGGAGGCUCUUGACUGCAUUUACCCCGCGGACAGGUGGAUGCAUGUUUAAUCGGCUGUAAUAUAGAGAACGAAAAAUAACGGAACGUUUAGAUGCACCCAAGGCGGAACGUUUCUGUGGCAAAAACGGUAGUGAUGCAGCGAGCGGGCGAGCAAGGUGGAUUUAUAGUGAGACGAUUAUAAUUCCUGUUUUAAGAUUAUUAUUGUUACUUUUUCGUUUGUGUGUGGGUGCAUUUUAAGGUCCUCGUGUUGUGCAAUAAUAACUGAUGGAUGCAUGCUUGGGCCUACAAAGAGAAAUCCAAAUCUUGUCGUUUUCUGGAAGGGAUCUGACCAUCAUAACCCCAAGGAAAUGCUUCAUCUUCGUUUUGUUUUUGUUUUUUUAAAUUAUAUGCACUGUGAAAGUAUCUAGUUUAAAGAGGCACUAUAUUAGUAUGUUAAUCCCAAUUUGCAGUUGGACUGUUAGCGGUCCUCCUCUUAUUUAUCAGGUUUAAAGGGUUUUAGUUUGCAUCACUGUAUCGAGAGUAGACACAGUUUUCUUCUUCAUCUUCCAACGUGAGACCCAUGUGCAGUUCUUCCAGCUGUUGGACAGAAAGUCGGUACAGAUGGGAAUAAACCAGAUAUGACGAUCGAUCUCUUAGCCGAUGACCUCACGGUGUACGUCUCCUCGUUAAGUUGGGCUGAACUCGUGUAGUGUUCACUAGUCCAGCCUCGAAGAUGUGCAGCGGCCUCUCUUCCAUUUAAAGAAUGUCUGUAAGAGAACGUUGUCGCAUGAUCCAUCUUUAUUUGUACGAUUUUACAUUUUUUUUCUUUUUCUUUUUUAAACUUCAUGCUUUAAUCUUCUAAAAAUGUUUGAUUUUAAACUUCCUUGAGUUCUUUUUUUUUUGUACUGUUUUUCAACUAGCUGAUACUUUGAAAAGGGGGGUGUUUUGAUGGGUCAGUAUGUUUUGGGAUUUUCUUUCUUUUUUUUUUUUUAUUUGUUAUUUAAUUUAAAUCUUUGUUCUCCACAAUGGUAAUGAAUGACGAAAAGGAGAGUCUUUAUAGAAGUCGUUAAGAGACAAGGCUUUUGUGAUUCCCCCUGGUCAGAGUUUUGGCUCAGGUACUUUUUUCAAUAAAGAGAUCACCUCUAAAAAGAUACCUAUCAGAUAUUUUGAAUUUAACUAUAUUUUCACCAAAAGAGACUGUUAUGUUGUAAACUUAUAACAUGUCUGAAACUAUUGUAUAUAAGUCUUUGAAUUGUUGGAUGAUGUGACAGAAAUUAGCAGAGGAUGCAUUUACUUUAUAGCAGAAUGAUAUUAGGAGUGCUUUAUUUCGUUGGAAGUUAGCCUGCAUCUUUUGCUAAUUAGGAUGUGUACAGACAGCAACAAACACUACUGUUGGUUAAAAAAAAAAAGUUUAGUAGUUUUACAGUGGGGGUGCAUGCAAUUUUAAACCCUGCUUUUUCUUAUUGGCAUCAGACAUCGUGACAACUUUUAAGUCUUUCCAUAACUUAAGUAAUGGUUUAUGGGAUGGAUAUUACAAACCUCACCUCCAGAGGCUGUGUGGCUCUUUGUCAUUUCAGGCUGUAAUCACUCCAUUCCUAAAGAAAUGUAAUCGCCAUCCAGUCAGAGAUACUUGAAUUUUCCAUCUUGGGUUUGUUUGUAUUGCAUUUUUUUUUUUUUUUUUUUUUAAUUUCCAGGGUCUAGCUGAGUUUAUUGAAUGAACAUGAGUGAAUGUGAUGAUGCUCUAUACUGUAGAGGAGAUUACCACAGCACACUGCUAUCUCAAAAACUAUAUUGAUAACUUAAAGACAUCUAUUUAACCAAUGACUUGUUUUUGUUUUUUUAUUAUUAUUAUUAGCUUCUUUGUAAUGGUCUCGUCUGCUGUCACCGUGCUGUGAGAAAAAGACAACGGGACUGAGAUAUAAUUAUGUAAAUGCAGUCAUGACAGCAUUUGUGUGGGGACAAGAAUCCUUCACCCAGUGGGCAGUGGAUCAGAAGAGAUUUGAAAAAAAAUGCGAGUGAAUAUGUUACAAGGGUUUGGAUGUGACAUGUUUUGUUUUUGUUUUUUUUUUUUAAAUUUCAUUUCUUCCUAGGUUUUUUUUUUUGUUUUCCUUUUUCAAUGUGGUUUGAACUCUUAGCUUGCAGGUUGUUGUGAGUGAUCAACACUAAUGAGGGUGUGUUAUUUAUAUUUGAAAUUUUGUUCUGGGAUGUGCAAGCUCCAUGUAAUAGGUGCCUGUUCAUUUUCAUAAUCAAUAAUAAAAGCAAAGAUUCACUUUUAUUCAA